AUGUCCAUGCUUGAGAGAUCAACAAUAAGAAAGGGUGCUUCUAAGAUGGAAGUAAGCAAGACAACAAUUGGUAGAUUUAUUAAGAGUAAUCAGCUGAAACCUCAUACAAGUGCUGUCAAGCCUACACUGACUGAAACCAACAAAAUUGCAAGGAUGAAAUGGUGUCUUGCUCAUAUUCAACCAACAUUAGCUGAAUGUAAACUUCUUUACCAUUCAAUGCACAACAUUGUUCAUAUUGACAAGGAAUGGUUCUACAUGACAAAGACAUCAGACAGAUACUACCUUUUGCCGGAUGAGGAUGAGCCUUAUAGGUCCUGUAAGUCCAAGAGAUCCAUCACUAAAGUGAUGUUCAUGGCUGCUGUCAGUAGGCCACUUAUUGGCAGUGAUGGGGAAAUCACAUUUGAUGGUAAAAUAGGCUUAUUCCCGUUCACGGAGGAAGUACCAGCCAAAAGAAGUUCAAAGAACAGGCCGAAAGGGACAAUUGAGACAAAGCCUAUUCAAUCAAUUAACAAGGAAGUCAUGAAAGCUUGUCUACUAAACCAGAUCAUACCAAUAAUCAAGGCCAAGUGGCCAGCCAAUGCAAGCAAGAAGAUUUUCAUCCAGCAAGAUAAUGUCAAACCUCACCUAAGAGAUGCUGACCAACAGUUUGAGUCACUUGCUAGUACUGAUGGGUUUGAAUUCCAUCUAAUUAGCCAACCACCCAACUCCCCAAACACAAAUGUAUUAGACCUUGGGUAUUUUAGGGCAAUACAAUCACUUCAAGAUGACAAAAUAGCCACCAAUGUAGAUGACUUGCUGAGGAAUGUGUUUACCUCAUUUGAAGAACUCUCACCACAAACUCUCAAUAGAGUAUUCACCACAUUGCAAAGUUGUUUCACAGCAAUAUUAGAAGUGCAUGGGAAGAAAGACUACAAGAUCCCUCAUUUAAACAAGGACAGAUUGCACAGAACAUGGGGGCUCCCUUUACAACUUCAUGUUGAAGAGGGUUUGGUAAGAGAGUGUUUGGAGUACCUAAAGCUGCCUGAGAACAAUGCUGGAGACACAUAUGACAUAGGGCCUCUUAACCAUGCUUUAGGGCACUAG